AUGGCUGCCUCCACCUACUUCCUCCUCGUUGCUUUUGUAGCAUUGGUCAUUUCUCAGGCCACUGCCUCUGACCCUAGCCCGCUCCAAGACUUCUGUGUUGCCGACAUACACUCUCCGGUGAAGGUGAAUGGAUUUGUUUGCAAGGACCCCAUGGCAGUGAACGCCGAUGACUUUUUCAAGGCAGCAAACCUUGACAAGCCUAGGGACACCAUGAAAAGCAAGGUUGGAUCCAAUGUCACUUUGAUCAAUGUCAUGCGGCGAAAAUCCGCCAUACACACCCACCCACGUGCCACAGAGAUCCUCACCGUGCUCGAGGGUACACUUUAUAUUGGAUUUGUCACCUCCAACACAGACAACGGUAACAAGCUAUUCGCCAAGGUUCUCAACAAGGGUGACGUGUUUGUAUUCCCCCAAGGGCUCAUACACUUCCAAUUCAACCCGGUCCAUGACAAGCCGGCUGUGGCAAUCGCUGCACUAAGCAGCCAGAACCCUGGGGUUAUUACUAUUGUAACGAGUCUUUGGAUCAAAGCCACCGAUCUCAGAUGA